CAAAUAGACCGCCAUUAUCAUCCCUCCAACAUCUUCUCUUCUGUUCGACUACAGACUUCGUAAAAUACCGCUAACCCUGUGUUGUUCACGGCGGCGGAGACUCACGCUGCGUCGCCAAAGAUGUAUGAACCUUUCCUUGAUUCAGAUUCCAAGCAGAAUAAACGAAGCCGUAAAAAGUCCAUGGUUUGGGAUCACUUCACGGUUGAAACCGUUAAUCCUGAUUGUGUGAGGGCAUUUUGUAACCAGUGCAAGAAGUCGUUUGCUUAUAUAUCAGGCGCAAAGCUAUCCGGAACGAGUCAUCUAAAACGUCACAUUUCUUUGGGGAUCUGCUCUGUUGGCCGUAGUAAGCAGGCGAAAGAUCAAAUCGUUCCCCACGUACCAAGAAAACGUUGUCGUGCUUCAAAUGCAGCCCCAAGGAGUCAUUUUGAUGGUGAUAGCUGCAGCUACGACCUUGCAAAAAUGGUAAUUCAGCACGAUUAUCCUCUUGGUUUGGUUGAACAAUCUGGUUUUGUGGAUUUUACACAGUCUCUCCAGUCUCAGUUUAGUAUUCCUAGCGUGAGCCGAUUGCAAGAGCAAAUUAUGGUUGUAUACGAGAGAGAGAAGCAAAGGCUUGUAGACCUUCUUAGUGGAAUUCCGGGGCGUAUAAACCUUACUGUAGAAUUGCUCACUUCAAAUCAGAGCUUUGCUUAUGCAUUGCUAACAGCUCACUUUACUGAUCAUGAUUGGAAGUUGCAAAGAAGGAUCUUCAAUGUUGUACAGUUUCCUGAUUCUGAGACAGCCUUCGCGAAUGCUAUCUCUGCUUGCUCAGGCGAUUGGGGCAUCGAGGAUAAGUUGUUUAGUAUCACUCUCGACCUCAGUCGUGCCACUGAUCAAAGUGCAAGAAAAAAGAUUAUAAAUCUUCUGCCUGUCAAGAACUCCACUAUUCUCAGCUGUUAUGCAUCUACGGUGAGGAGUCUGGCUCAGGAUUCUAUAUCUGCAAUGAGGGAAACCAUCAAGAAAGUGCGGGAGAGUGUGAAGUAUGUAAAAACCUCGUAUGCGAAUGAGGAAAGAUUUAACAAACUGAGACAACAUCUUCAAGUUUCCAACACGAAGAGCUUGAUGCUUGAUGAUUUGUUGAAAUGGAAUACCACCUACCAAAUGUUGGUGGCUGCUUCUGAGCUGAAGGAAGUGUUUCAUUGUUUGGAUAGUUAUGAUCCGGAUUAUAAGCUGACUGUGACCAUGGAUGAAUGGGGAGAGGUGGAAGCUCUAUGCUCGUACUUGAAAAUAUUCAACGAGGCAGCCAACGUGCUAACCUCACCUGUUUAUCCAACAACGAACUCAUUCUUUGAUGUUGUGUGGGAAAUUUACUUUGAGCUACUGCACGCUGCUGCGAGACUGGAUUCGUUUGUAAGCACGCUGACAAGGCCGUUGCUGGAUAAGUUCACCGGAUUCUGGGAAGAUUGCAACUUGAUUCUUGCAAUUGCAGUGGUGAUGGAUCCAAGGUUCAAGAUGAAGUUUGUGGAGUUCAGCUUCUCGAGGAUAUAUGGUUAUGGUGCCGGGGCUUGGGUCAAGGCUGUCGAUCAGGGCCUGCACGAGCUGUAUCUCGAUUAUGUGAUGCAGUCCCUUCCUGCACCCGUCGUAGGAGCAGGGGAUGGCGUUCUCUCCGAUGAUGGUGGCUUCUUGGAUUUUGAUGUGGAUAUCUCGGAUAUCGUGGGUGAAACGCACGUCAAGUCCGAGAUCGAGCAGUAUCUCGAAGAGCCGGUGUGGCCCCGGGUGCAAGAUUUUGAUGUAUUAGGUUGGUGGAGGGUGAAUAGUUUUAGGUAUCCGACUCUGUCGAAGCUGGCUUGCGACGUGCUGUCUGUUCCGGUCUCGACCAUCCCCCCCGAAUCGGUGUUCGAUUCGGGGGAGAGGAAGAUGGAUAGCUACUUGAGUUCAUUGGGACCUAAAACCAUUGAGGCCCUCAUGUGUGCAAAAGAUUGGCUUCAACAUCAGCAAACAUCUAAUCUGCACACUGAUUUUUUGUAGAGGUAUAGGUUAAUAUUAUUUUCUCUUCACACUGAUUUUUUUUAGAGGUAUAUUAUUUUUGAUAGUCCAUAGGUUAAUAUUCUUUGUUCAUUAUAAUAUGUAAAUAAGAAUAUUUUUCCCUUUGGGGG